AUGGUGUCUGGCGCCAAAGCAGGAAGUUGUUGUCCUGAGUUCCUUCUGAAAAAAGGAAACAGUAUGAGCGAGGAAUUGGAUCAGCACAGUUCCUUGCAGCGCUGGAUCUGUGCAGAUGGAGGUGGAGUGGAGAUGGCAUUGGAGUGUGUAGGGCAUGGAGUCAGUGUACAUGAAAAAACUCUGAAUGGCCUGCAUUGGAGGUGCAAGCAGGUGAUGCAUUCGAGUUUUUACUUUUUACUUUUUACUUUUACUUAUUACUUUUUUACUUUUUUACUUUUUAUUUUAGUAUUUUACUUUUUAGAAAAUUUUUGGGAAUUUUUACAAAUUUCUGGAACUUUUUGAAGAUCUUUUAAUUGGUCCACUUAG